AUAUUACUCUCCGUAUUAUUCUUUCAAAUGUGUGCGGUAAAGGAGAGAAUCAUGGAAGAUGCUGCGUGGAACUGGAACUCUGGAAGUGCAUCAUUUCCAUCUCACCACCAACCACCAGUUAUGAAGCAGAAUUGACUGUUAUCAAGUCUCUUUUUCACACCUAUCAAAAGGACAAAAAGAUUAAAUUCAGCAGAACACACUGUAGUAUAUGCGAAAUUAAAUUCCGAUUUCCAUGGAACUGGAAGCACCAUCAACUUCAACUUCAAACGGUUACUUGAUCCUUCUCCAAGGACUUUCUCUUAUUCCAUUCUGGCAUUACUUGCUCAUACUCACCACUGUUCUGAUAUACUUUCUCUACAAUUUCCUCGAAAUCCAUUUCCUCGAAGAUCUCUUCUCCGGAUUCUCAGGCUCUCCCGUUGAAUUCACCUUCAACUCCUCCUCCCAACUCUACCACGCCGUCGUUUCAAAGUGCCGGAUUCUUCAUAGCACGUAUUCUGUCACGCCUUGGCUUUCCAGUCCUCAUCUUCAAACUGUUUUCCUCAACUUCUUCGGAAAUCCUCCCGUUUUCAAAUACAAAAGACAAUUAUUUACUACUCCUGAUGGUGGAACCCUUGCUUUGGACUGGGUAACUAGUUCGGAUGUUUCUGGCAAUGCUCUAAAUGUAGAUAAUGUUGUUACUAAAGAUGAAUCUACUCCAAUUGUUAUUUUGAUUCCUGGUUUAACAAGUGACUCUUCAUCUCCUUAUCUCAAACAUCUUGCAUAUCAUACAGCAAAGCGUGGAUGGAAAGUUGUUGUCAGUAAUCACCGAGGAUUUGGAGGUGUUCCAAUCACGUCUGAUUGUUUCUACAAUUCUGGAUGGACUGAGGAUACUCGCACAGUGGUUAAUUAUCUCCACAAAGAGAACCCCAGGGCGCCUUUGUUUGUUAUCGGAACCAGUAUUGGAGCUAAUAUUCUGGUAAAAUAUCUUGGUGAGGAUGGUGAGAAUACUCCUGUAGCUGGAGCUGUAGCUGUUUGCUCUCCUUGGGACCUUUUGAUAGCGGAUAGAUUUAUAAGUCGUGCUCGUGUGCAAAAGUUUUAUGAUAAAGCACUAGCAGGUGGACUUCAAGAUUAUGCAAAAUUACACCAGCCUCACUUUUCUCGCCUUGCUAAUUGGGAAGGGAUAGAAAAGUCACUUUCUAUUCGAGAGUUUGAUGACUACGCUACCCGCAUGGUUGGUAAAUACGAGACUGUUGAUACGUACUAUAGACGUUGCAGCAGUUCAACUUAUGUGCAAUCUGUAUCAAUUCCGCUUCUCUGUAUAAGUGCUGUGGAUGAUCCCGUCUGUACCACGGAAGCCAUUCCCUGGGAUGAAUGCAGGGCAAAUAAAAAUAUUGUGUUGGCUACUGUAAAGCACGGAGGACAUUUGGCUUUCUUUGAAGGGAUAACUGCAUCUAGCCUGUGGUGGGUAAGAGCUGCUAAUGAAUUUCUUGAUGUACUGCACUCUAGCCAUUAUAUGCAUGAACAAAAAAAGAUCUCUACACCAAACACAUUAUUAGACUCAUCAAUUGAUCAGGGCCCUUAUAUCAAUCUUACUGGAGAUGGAAUGGUGGCUGCAUUGAACAAUGAGCCAACAACGGACAGCCAGAAGAAAUACAGGUAAUACAGGAUAUGCAUCAGCAUCAUGACAGGGUCCAGAAGAAAAAAGUUAAAAAACAUGAUGAGUUAGUGACUAAUGCAAUGAGUGGUGUUUCCUCUGCCAUUUCACAAACAAGUGCCAACAUCUCAAUGCCUCUUGAAUUUUGAUGUAGUAACACCUUUCAAAAGACACCUAGGAUGGUUAUGUUGACAAAAUUGAUGGUCCAUCUGAAUGCUGGUAUAUUUUGAUGUUACCAAACGUUGGCAUUGAGAUAGUACUUGUCCUUUUUCUUCUUCUCUAAUAAAAUUCAUUUCUAUUAAAACGAUGUUAUUAUUGGCACCGUGAUAUAUUGUGUUCCAUAAUGUCUCUAGCUUGAAAGAAAUGUUCAAGCUUUUAAAUAAAACUCUGUACCUUUAGGCAUGCUUUGAGGCAAAACUACUGUGUUUGGAUAAAAA